AUGAUACCCUUUUCAUUCUGCCUCAUCACGCUCGUUUUCGUCGUUGCUACUGCGACGCAAGCUCGCAAUCACCACAAUCAUCCCCUCCCUCGCACCACACCAGCUGCAGCAAAGGACACAAGCCAUGUAAGCCACGUCUACUCGCGCAACCUCACUCUUUCUACCUAUGAAGACUUCCUGGACUUUUUCAUCUUCAACAACAUCAAAGACCCUUCUGGUGGCAUCGUCACCUAUGUGGACCAGAAGGAGGCAGAGCGACUCGAUUUGGUCGGCCCAGGCAAAGCGGGAGGCAUUCGCAUCGCGGCCGAUCUCAGCGAGAAGAAUGUGACUGCUGGGAGGAAGUCUGUUCGACUGAGGGGCAAGGAGGCUUUCGGGGAAGGUCUUUUCGUCUUCGAGAUCGCUCACGCUCCUGUCGGAUGUGGUCUCUGGCCGGCAGCUUGGAUGACCGUCGACGAAUCUGUAUGGCCAGUCGGUGGCGAGAUGGAUAUCUUUGAGUAUGGCAACGGUCUUCGCUAUGCUCCUGAGCAGACGCUGCAUCUCAAUGGAACCUGCGUGAUGCCACCUCAUAGACUGCAGACGGGCAACAACACGGCGUGGCAGGACUGCGACAGCUUCGAAGGCUGGAAGACAGGUAAUCACGGAUGCGGAGUAGAACUGCUCAAUGAUCAAUUCGCAGUACCUGCCCUACUCAACCGCAACGGUGGAGCCGUCUUUGUCAUGGAGAGGAACGCAGACCACAUUCAAGGCUGGGCAUUCCCCUCCUGCAGCCCUCAUGCUCGAGCUCUCAAGCACCGCAGGAAGAUCGACACGACCAAAUUCGGCACCCCCUCAUCUUUCUUCCCUUCUACCGACACAUGUGCACUAAAGGAGAAGUUUGGCAAGCUUCACCCGAUCAUCAACAUCUCCUUUGGUGGACAUGCAGAGGCUUCGUGGGUCAGAGACGGUUGCCUGGCACUUGCACCUAGCUUCUACACGGGAUGGGGAGUGUCGGAGAAUUCGACAGAGUAUCUCAAACAGCCUGAGAACAGCGUCGAGUUCCAUGUCAGCUCGUACACCUACUUUGCUCCCACUUAG